AUGGUGAUCGGGGAAAAGACGUUCGACGCGGCGUUCGCGCUCGAGGCGUACGCGACGACGCGCAAGCCGUGGACGCUGGUGACUUCGGGGUACGUCGAACGGUCGUUCGCGGCGUUGGUGGUCGAUUGUUGGGGGUUGUUGUACAUAGGUGGGAUAUUAGAACCCGUGUGGGGGGCGAAAGAGCUCACGAGGUUCGUGGUCGGGGUGAAUUUGGCGACGACGACGCUCGCGUGGUUGUCCAUGUGCGCGCUCUACGCCCUGAGCGCGGGGGACGAGUUUUAUUUGUUUGCGAAAUUUUCCGGCUUUCACGGCGUCCUCGCCGCGCUGUUGCUCGCGCUCAGGCAAACGUCGCCGGAGGAACCGGUGUUCGCCGGUGAGGGCGCGUUGGGCGCGGGCACGAGCGGCGUCGUCGCCUCGCUGCGGGCGCUGCGAAACAAGCACUUGAUCGGCGCGUACUUGUGCUUCACGGCGGCGUACGCCUUCAUGAGCGGUGGUGCGCAUCAUCACGUCGGUUUGUACCUGUUCGAUAUAUGGGGUGCGUAUUCCGCGUGGGUGUAUCUGCGUUUCUUCCAACCGCACGGCUCGGGCGCGCGCGGGGACGACAGCGACGAUUUCGCGUUCGCCGCCCUCUUUCCUCCGGCGGCGCGUCCGGUCAUCGCGCGCGUCUCCGCCCCCAUAGGCGCCGCCGCGCGUGCGCUCGAGGCCAGACGCCGCCGCGCGAGAGAGGAAGCGGACACGCGCGCCGCGGCUUCGACUGCGACCGCAAAACCGGCGCAAUCUCCCGCCGCCGCCGCCGCCGCCGCCGUCGUCCGCGCCAAGCUGGAAUCGUCGUCCGCGCGCGAGGAGGACGACGACGCCAAGUCCAAGCGCGAGGCCCGCGCCGCGCGAGGUCGCGCCCUCGUCGAGGCGCGCGCGAACGCGGACGCGUCACCGUAG